AUGGGGCGAGGUGGUAAGAAAAAAAGUAAAUCUGAUAAAACCGAGAAAGAUAAUGUUGACUUAGAUGUUGGUUCCUUGUCUAUGAGUGAAAGCGAUCCUUCGACAUCUCUUUCAUCAUCAUCCAAACCUCCAGAAGAAAGUAAAAAACCAGAGGCAGCCAUUGAGGAAUCUAAACCGUCGAUACCAGCUCCACAAGAAGAAGCAGAUGAGGAUAUUGGGCUUGGGUUGGGUAUGAAAAGUAAGAAACGCCCACGCAAAAAGAAGAAGGACGGCUCUGAAAAAGAAAGUACUCCAGCACCUACAAUCGGAACUACAUCCCGUGUAGAUGUUUCGACUACAUCACCUACAGAACCUUUAACAACUUCAGAAACUUUCGUACAGCCAACUCCACAACAGGCUCCACAACGGGCUCCACAACGGGCUCCACAACCGGCUCCACAACGGGCUCCACAACCGGCCCCACAACCGGCUCCACAACCGGCUCCACAACCGGCUCCACAACUGGCUCCACAACUGGCUCCACAACGGGCUCCACAACCGGCUCCACAACGGGCUCCACAAUGGGGUUCACAACCGUCUCCACAGCCGGCUCCACAACGGGCUCCACAACCAGCUCCACAAUCGGCACCUCAAUCGGCUGGUCGAGGUCUUGGUCGAGGAUGGAAUACAAUACCACAGACUGCACCAACACCAACGUUUACCCCACAAUUACCUAGUCAACCUCCACAGCCAUCGAGUGCGCCUACACCUUCGACAUCUCAACCUUCCCACGCAGGGCUUGCACCUCGAGGCGGAUUGGGAAGGGGCAGAGGACAACCAGGCCAUCAACCAGGACCAAACGUUUCAGUAACCACACCCGCACGAAGCAAACCAUCAGAUACUGUAUGUCGGUUUAAAAUACCUGAACGAAAACUUGGAAAAAUAGUCGCGUCCCAAUCACGUUUUAUCAAAGUUUUGACUAAUUAUUUAGAAAUGAAAAUUCACCCCUUGAAAAUACAUCGUUAUGAUGUGUCUAUUAAACCGGACCGACCAAAAAAAUUAGUACCGAAAGCUUUUGCAGCUGCAAAGGCAAAAAGUUUUCCGAAGCAUAUAUUAGCAUAUGAUCAAAAGAAAAAUUGCUACUCUGUGUCACCACUUUGGUCUCAUCCAGAUGAACGAUCAAUUAUUAAUGUGGAAAUAUCAGAUGACAAUGACGUAAAAAUGUCAUUUGAAAUCACAAUCAAAUUUACUGGAAUCGUGGACUUGGGAACAUUAAUAAAUCAUAUGCAAACCGGCGGAACUUCGCUUAAUCCUCCGAUGGAAGCCAUACAAUGCAUAGAUGUUAUUUUACAGCAAGGGACCCUUGAAAAUUAUGUAAAGGCUGGGCGUCAAUUCUUUAAACGACCAAGAAACCCAAUAGACUUGAGCUAUGGAUUAGAAAUGUGGACGGGGCUUUUCCAGUCUGCAAUCUUCACAUCACGGGCCUUCAUAAAUAUCGAUGUGGCCCACAAAGGUUUUCCAAAGCAACAGUCUUUGGUUGAUGCUCUAAUGAGGGAUUUCCGCCUUGAUCCAAACAAACCCUUAGACAGACAGUGGGGGGUUGAAUAUUUUAUUCAAUUCCUUAAAGGCUUAAGGGUAACAGCUAAUUUAGCGGGUUCAAACAAAAGGCGCGAGUACAUCUGCAACACCAUCGUGGACAACCCCAACCGGCUAACAUUCCCCAUGACGGAUUCAGCGGGAAAGACAACAAAUAUAACCGUCGCUAAGUACUUCGAAGAGAAGAAUUGCAGAUUGCGUUAUCCACAUUUGAAUUGUAUGUGGGUAGGACCAAGGGAUAAGAAAAUAUAUUAUCCUAUGGAGUUAUUGGAAGUGUCAUAUGGACAGGCUUUGAACAAGCAACUGAAUGAAAAUCAGCUGAAAACGAUGGUACGAGAAGCUGCCACCCCACCCAGUGACCGUAUGAAUAAAAUAAAAGAAGUUAUUAGCAACAUGAACUAUUCAGCAAAUCCAUGCUUCAGACAUUUCAAGAUGGAGGUCAGUAAUCAAUUCCUGCGAGUAGAUGCUAAGGUUCUGCCUGCCCCCAAAUUGGACAUCGGAGCCGGUAGAACUGUAGAACCCAGAAAAGGAGUAUGGCAAGCCAACCGCUUCUUAAAGGCGAGCGCGUUGACUUCAUGGGGUUUGAUUGCCGUAGAAAUAGACACUCGACGGUGUGACUGUCAAAGAGUUAUAGAUAUGACCAUGCGAGUGGGAGGCUCCAUGGGCAUGGAUGUGUGUCAGCCGAAGUUCACUAAUCUCGCCGUCAAAAUGACCGAUCUUCAUAGAGUAUUGAUGACUGCAUACGAGAAGGGCAUCAAUAUGAUGAUCGUUAUUAUUCCUGGACGAUUCAAGGAUGCUUACGAUAAGAUAAAACGUACAGCUGAACUAGAGGUGGGUAUACUUACACAAUGUAUCAAGGAGAAUACAGCAGCAACUCGAAUGAACGACCAAACAAUUAGGAAUAUUUUACUAAAGGUAAAUUCGAAGUUGAUGGGCGUGAACCAAGCGUUAGAAUCGCGCAGCAUCCCGCAGUGUAUCAGGGAGGGCGGUGUCAUGGUGGUGGGCGCUGACGUCACACAUCCGUCCCCUGAUCAGAGCAAUAUUCCAAGUAUCGCAGCGGUGACCGCUUCUAUUGAUCCUAAAUGCUUCAUAUACAACAUUGAACUCAGUAUACAAACACCAAAGCAUGAAAUAAUAGUGGAGUUUGAGGACAUGAUGUUUGAUCAUCUGAAAAUAUACAAGAAUCAACAUAAUGCACUUCCAAAAAAGAUAUUUGUAUUCCGAGAUGGUGUGUCUGAAGGGCAAUUUGCACAGGUGAUGAAUAGUGAACUGGUUGCAGUGCAAAGAGCGUACAGCCGUCUCGAGCAACGUUUUAAGCCCGAGAUACUGUUCUUGCUUGUCCAAAAACGUCAUCACACGCGGUUCUUCUUAGGCGACAACAAUCCACAAAAUGUUGAGCCCGGAACGGUCGUAGAUACUGAUAUUGUGCAUUUCCGCGAACUGGACUUUUAUUUGGUUUCCCACCAAGCGAUCAAGGGCACGGCGCGGCCGACGCGCUACCACGUGGUGUGCAACGACGGCAACAUCCCCAGCGACGAGGUGGAGCAGCUGGCGUACUACCUGUGCCACCUGUACGCGCGCUGCACGCGCGCCGUCUCCUACCCCGCGCCCACCUACUACGCGCACCUCGCGUGUCUGCGCGCGCGCGCGCUCACCAGUGAAAGACGCUUCAAUAAUGCUGACUUAGAGAGACAACCACAACGUCUUCGUGUCUUGGAUCGUAUGUUGCAAAACAGCCGCAUGUUCUUUGUU